AUGGUGCUGGUGAUCACCUACCAUGAGCCCCAAAACCCCGAGUACCAGCACUUCCAAACCCAGCUCAUCCUGCGAGCCAAGCAGAAAUUUGGCGUGCAGCUCAACUACUCCCUGAUGAACCUGGUGGCAGGGUGUUUCUAUGACGGGAUGCUGCUGUACGCCAUGGUGCUGAACGAGACCCUGCGGGAGGGUGGCUCCAAGAAAAAUGCCACUCACAUCAUCGAGAAGAUGCGGGACCGCAAGUUCCAGGGGGUGACGGGGCUGGUGAGCAUGGACAGCAACAAUGACCGGGACACCGACUUCAACCUAUGGGCCAUGGGCGACCCCGAGAGCGGGCAGUAUGAGUGGGGGCCUAACCCCAGUGUGCCCCCCAGGAAGCUGAUGCUGGAGAAGGAGCUUGCCAGCAUGCUCUGGAGGAUCCGCUGGGACGAGCUGCAAUUCGGGAGCCCCGACCGGUACCACAAGGCAGCAGGCAGCCGGCUCACCCUAUCCCUGCGUGGCUCCAGCUACGGCUCCCUGAUGACCACCCACGGCAAGUACCAGAUCUUCGCCAACACCGGCCACUUCAAGGGCAACGUGGUGGCCAUCAAGCACAUCAACAAGAAGCGCAUUGAGCUGACGCGGCAGGUGCUCUUUGAGCUGAAACACGUAGGUUUAGGGUCUGAGCCGGGCCUCCCGCAGCUGGGUGCUCGGUGUGGCUGGUGCUGGUGCCACCAUCCCCCGGGUGCUUGGUGGGGUCCACUCAAUGUGCUGCCCCAGGACGUCCUGGAGAACGAGAGCAUCAACCUGGACUGGAUGUUUCGCUACUCCCUCAUCAACGACAUCGUCAAGGGAAUGGCCUUCCUGCACAACAGCAUCAUCGGCCACCACGGCAGCCUCAAGUCAUCCAACUGCGUGGUGGACAGCCGCUUCGUGCUGAAGAUCACCGACUACGGGCUGGCCAGCUUCCGCUCACCCUGUGACGGCGAGGACACGCACGCCCUCUAUGCCAAGAAGCUGUGGACAGCCCCGGAGCUGCUGCAGAAGGGGCACCUGCCCACCCCGGGGAUGCAGAAAGCUGAUGUCUACAGCUUCGGCAUCAUCGUGCAGGAGGUCGCCCUGCGCAAUGGCCCCUUCUACAUCGAGGGCAUGGACCUGAGCCCCAAAGAGAUCGUGCAGAAGGUGCGUAACAGCCAGAAACCCUUCUUCCGCCCCUCCAUCGACAUCGGGGUGCACAGCGAGGAGCUGGCAGUGCUGAUGGAGCGCUGCUGGGCGCAGGAGCCAGCCGAGCGCCCCGAUUUCAGCCAGAUCAAGAUCUUCAUCCGUAGAUUCAACAAGGAGGGCAGCACCAGCAUCCUGGACAACCUGCUGUCGCGCAUGGAGCAGUACGCCAACAACCUGGAGAAGCUGGUGGAGGAGCGGACGCAGGCCUACCUGGAGGAGAAGCGCAAGGCGGAGAACCUCCUCUACCAGAUUCUGCCCCACUCUCCAUGCCGGCGUCCCGUGUGUGCCGGAGUCGUGGGUCUGAAGAUGCCGCGGUACUGCCUCUUCGGGGACACGGUGAACACUGCAUCCCGCAUGGAGUCCAACGGCCAGGCCCUGAAGAUCCACGUCUCGUCCACCACCAAGGAGGUCCUGGAUGAGUUUGGCUGCUUCGAGCUGGA